CGGAGAGCGGUCUUCUGAGCGCGAGCUUCCUCUUUUUUAUUAGACUACACUGGAUUUAAUUGUUGCAUAAAUAUGCAUGAUUGCGGGGAACGUAAAAAAGAGAAAAUAUAAAACCGAUGGCAGCUAGCAUUUGCCGUUAACAUAACUCUCGUUACACUGGCGCUCACAUUGAUAAAAAACGCAAGCUGAUAAGCCAAACAUACGGGAGCGGAAAUACAAGUUAAAAGCGCACAUCACAACAGAAAUCAGUUGCGAGCAAACCGCCCAGCAAAACAGACGUACGGAAAUUGCUAAGUGCUUUAAGUAGAAGGAGGCCUGCAAAUGAAUGAAUGAACGUGCGAACACGACGCGACAAGUGCACGAAACGAGUUACGAUAACACAACACAAAAGUGAAGAAGCGCUCAGACAAGCUAGCGAGAGAGAGAGAGGUCAGCGAUCUUUAAACAGCUCCAAGCUCCAUCAUCAGCAUUAGUAGCUACAAUACCAGCAUCAGCCCAUGUCUGGUGCGUGUGCUUAAACAAAACAAUAAUACAUUCGGUUUCAAGGGUAACGCAGAUGCGCUAGCGACGUGUGUAUAUUAGCCAGCUAGCCAAGUGAUUCAGUCAGCUAGUCAGCCAAGUAAUUAACGAGUACUGAGAGAUCCAGAGCAAGAGUAGUAAAUAGAAGAUUGCAGAGUACGGUUCGAUAAAUAUGGCACCACCCACUGUCUUAGUCACUGGCGGUGCGGGCUACAUUGGCUCGCACACUGUGCUGGAAAUGUUGAAUGCUGGCUAUAAUGUUAUCUGUGUGGACAAUCUGUGUAAUGCGUAUAGCGGCGGAGCGUCCAAGCUGCCAGAGGCAUUGAGUCGUGUACAGGAGAUUACCGGCAAGAAGGUGCACUUCUAUCGUGUGGAUAUCACAGAUCGUGAGCAAGUGCGCUCGGUGUUCCAAGAGCACAAAAUCGACAUGGUUGCUCACUUUGCGGCACUGAAGGCCGUUGGCGAAUCCUGUCGCAUUCCUCUGCAAUACUACCACAACAAUAUGACGGGUACCAAUGUCCUGUUGGAGGCCAUGGCUGACAACAAUGUGUUCAAAUUCGUUUACAGCUCGAGCGCAACCGUGUACGGCGAACCUAAGUUCUUGCCUGUUACUGAGGAACACCCAACGGGCAACUGCACGUCUCCCUAUGGUAAAACCAAGUAUUUCACAGAGGAAAUACUUAAGGAUCUGUGCAAGUCAGACAAGCGUUGGGCAAUCGUUUCGUUGCGCUACUUUAAUCCCGUCGGCGCACACAUUAGCGGUCGAAUUGGCGAAGAUCCGAAUGGUGAGCCCAAUAAUCUGAUGCCCUACAUUGCCCAGGUGGCUGUUGGUCGUCGUCCAAAGCUUAGCAUCUAUGGUAGCGAUUUUCCCACCAAAGACGGCACUGGUGUGCGUGACUACAUACAUAUCGUUGAUCUGGCUGAAGGUCAUGUGAAGGCCUUGGACAAGCUGCGCAACAUUGCUGAAACGGGAUUCUUUGCGUACAAUCUCGGUAGUGGCGUUGGUUGCUCUGUGCUGGAAUUGGUGCAUGCUUUUGAACGCGCCUCUGGCAAGAAGGUAACCUAUGAGCUGGUUGACCGACGUGCAGGAGACGUGGCCACUUGCUAUGCGGAUGCCAAAUUGGCCAAUCAAGCUCUGGGCUGGAAGGCGACGCGUGGCAUUGAUAAAAUGUGCGAGGACACUUGGCGUUGGCAGAGUCAAAAUCCCAACGGCUAUGCCAAUAAGUAGUUAGGUCAGCGUGCCUCUUGCCCCCGCUGCGUGGCAAGGUCGCUCUGUCAACGUGCCACGUACUAUCUGCUAUUCUGUUAUGUUAUCUAAAAGUUCCUCGACCACUUCUUCAAUUUCAAAUAUUUGUAAUUAUUCUAACUAGCAAAAUGCUUGCGUACGAUUAGUUGUUUAUGAUUUGUUUUGUCAAAUUUUAAGUGCAAAAUGUUACCAAAUUAAAUGCACGAGUAUGUGUCUGUGUGCACGUAAACUCAAAGUAGUUUGUAAUUAAAAACAACAAGCGACACCUAAUGACAUUUUACAAUGAUUCGUUAUCUCCAUUUAUAGCACAAUUUUCAAGGUCAAACUUAAAUACAGGGUAUUUGUUUUUUAGAGGCGAACAUUUAUUCAAUGCAAUUAAACAUUUAAAAACUGAUUUUAAAAAUA